CUGUAGUAUGCGCUGUAUAUUCAGUUUUAAUGAUACCGCUAAAAUUUUAAACUGGAUAUUCUGUUUGAUGUUGCUGUGUUGUAUAUUUUUGUGCAUUUGCCUUUACAAAAUGUUUAUGCUACCAAAAGAAAAUAUCUAAGUAUAAAUAAUUUAUCUGGCCAGUUUAUCUCAUCUGAAUUACAGUGAAUAUUAUAUUUUGACAAUGCUAUGAUACGAUUUACAAUCUUUAGUCGUUUAGCUUCUCAUGACACAGAAUUUAGUUUAUAUACUGUUUACAUAUAUAUAGUGCUUAUGUUUUAGUACUAAAACUCCUUCAUGUACCACGGAAACCAAUGCGCACAGCGUCGCUGUUCUCCCUGCAACUACUCCUCUUCGUUUAUCUUUCAUCACAGCCAAUGCUGGUGACGUAUGUGCUUUGUUGGCUGUAAGCUGUAUGCUCUUUUCUUUCACGAACACCGCAAACGGCUUAAUCUACUCCCUGGAAAUCAGAAGGGUAUAUUUGUAACCCCAAUGCUAUUUGGUUUACGUUUCGUUGGAAUAUAAAUCGAGAGAAAAAGAAAAAAAAAUGGAAUCACGAAUGAAAAGCAAGUCGUUGAAAAGGUAUGUGUUCGCCAUCAUUUUAAUCUCUGUGCUGAAAACAUCAUCUUGUGUUACUCAUUAUUCUAUACCUGAAGAAUUGGACGUGGGCUUUAUAGUGGCUAAUUUUGCAAAUGAUCUGGGAUUAGAUGUUGAAACAUUAAGUAGACGCAAGAUUCGUCUCGACACUAUCGCAAAUAAAAAAUAUCUGGAUAUUAGCAAAGAAACGGGAGAGCUGUUUAUUGUGGAGAGAAUCGACCGCGAGCACAUAUGCACAACUAAGGCAGCAGCAGCGUGUGUUCUUAAACUGGAUGCCACGAUCGAAAACCCUGUGAGAAUGUUUAAUAUCGAGUUGGAAAUUCUUGAUAUUAACGACAAUGCUCCACAUUUUAGAAGGGACACAAUGCAUUUGGACAUUUCGGAGUCAACGCCUGUGGGAGAAAGAUUCUCCUUAAACAAUGCAGUUGAUCCUGAUAUCGGUGUUAAUUCGAUUAAAACGUAUUAUCUCAGUGAAAGUGAACAUUUUUCAAUCGAGAUUCAGACCGGGCGGGAUGGAUCAAAAUUCACUGAUUUGAUUCUUACAAAGGCUUUGGAUAGAGAAGAACAGGCCAUACAUAAUCUGAUACUCACUGCUGUGGAUGGAGGAGUCCCCGCGCGCUCUGGCACUGCUAGUAUUAUUGUGCGCGUUCUGGACACUAAUGACAACGCCCCUCAAUUCGAUGAAGACAGUUAUACAAUACAUCUAACAGAAAACUCACCAACUGGAAGCCUUGUAUUCAAAAUAAAUGCGACAGAUAAAGACGAGGGCUCAAAUUCAGAUUUAUUUUACUCUUAUAGUUUGUAUACUUCAGAGAAAACACAACAGACAUUCAGUCUAAAUCCGGACAAUGGAGAAAUUAGAGUAAAAGAAAUAGUUAAUUAUGAGGAUUUCAGAGUAUAUGAUAUGGAAGUUAUAGCAACAGAUAAAGGAUUGAAUAGUCUCAGUGGAAAGUGUAAAGUUAAGAUUUUAAUCACAGAUAUGAAUGACAAUCAUCCUGAAAUUUCCAUAAAAUCUUUAUCAAGUCCAGUGAAAGAAGAUAUAGCUGUAAAUUCAGUAAUUGCAGUUGUUAGUGUGAGUGAUAAAGACUCGGGAGAAAAUGGGCAGGUAGAUAUUCAUAUUUCUGAUGAUUUACCUUUUGCGCUCAAAGAAUCGUCUGAUAAUUAUUAUGAAUUAUUAGUUUCAGAACCGUUAGACCGUGAAAAGGUUCCAGAAUAUGACAUCACUAUUACCGUGACUGACAGGGGCAACCCGCCGUUAUCUGAUAAUGAAACUAUAACUUUAGAGCUGCUGGACAUUAACGACAAUGUUCCUCAGUUCCCGCAGACCUUCUACACGAUUCCUGUUAUGGAGAAUAACGCGCCUGGAGCUUUACUGAGCUCUUUAACUGCUAUAGACCCAGAUCUCCAUGAAAAUCAGUAUCUAGUUUACUUUAUCAUAGAGAAGGAAAUAGUGAACACCUCCAUGUCCAUGCUGUUCUCCAUUAACCCAGAGAACGGCAAUCUUUACGCACUAAAGACGUUUGACUAUGAGAUAGAGAAGGAGUUUCUUUUCCACAUCGAGGCCAGAGACUCUGGUGUUCCUCCGCUCAGCAGUAACGUGACCGUUCACAUUAUUAUCAUGGAUCAGAACGACAACACGCCGCUUAUAGUGUCUCCAUGGCGCGCGCACGGCUCGGUGGUGGAGGAAAAGAUCCCGAGAUCCACCGAUAAAGGGACUCUGAUAGCCAAAGUCAUCGCCAUAGACUCUGAUUCAGUGCACAACUCUCGAAUCACGUACCAGUUUCUCCACAACACUGACGCCACAUUAUUCAGCUUGGAUCAAUAUAACGGAGAGAUCCGGACCAUGAGGAUGUUCAGUUACAGAGACUCGCGCCACCAGCAGCUGGUUGUGAUCGCCAAGGACAACGGAGAGCCCGCGCUCUCUGCUACAGUCACCAUCAAACUGUCCACGGUGGAGACCGCCCUUAAAUCCUAUGCUGACAUGACUGAGGUUCCUUUGGGAUAUGACAUCUUCUCCGAUAUAAACCUGUAUCUGGUGAUCGGACUGGGCUCCGUUUCAUUUCUUUUACUCAUCACUAUUUUGGUCACCAUCGUGCUCAAGUGUCAGAAAACGAAGCCCAGCAAAGCGGCUCCUCCGUGCAGGAACAGUGUGAUCAGUGAGAGGAACUCGACCAUCGCGGAUUCCACUCUGGUCUCCAACGAUGCCUACUGGUACAGUUUAUUUCUAGCAGAGACCAGGAAAGGAAAGCUGGUGGUCAGACAGCCUGUGCCAAAGGGAGCGAGAUAUGUCGUGUCCAGUUUACCGAGGAGCACAGGACUGACCGAGACCAGCGACUCAGCUGCUUCUACUCUACAGGCACAAUGAAUGAUAUUAAGGGCAGGUGCGCCACAUUGGGGGAAGAUGCAAAGCAGAAAUACAUUCAAGAGGCAGCAGCACUGAGGGCACAUGGGCAGGCGCAGGACCUAAACCCUGAGAUGGAGGCAAUUUGUGCUGUGUCUGCCGCAUCCAUUUUGAUGAUAAGAAGAAGAAUGCAAGAAAGAAGUGGCGCUCAUGGUCUCAGUGCACAGUGUGCCAAUCAUGGUCACACACAGGACGUGGCUUUAAAAAGAACAUGUGCGUUCACUGCCAGGGUCAAGACACCAUGCAAACACCCUGAAGAUGUAUCUUGUUACUUGUUUGAGUUGUUUUUACUGUGUUGACGGCCCCCAACCCAUCCAUACAAACACACACACACAAUACAUACAUAUGCUGCAAAUUCAUUGUAAUGACCACACUUCACACGUAAGAAGAAAAUUGUGAUCUUUUUGUUAUUUUCAUUCACCCCAUUUUUAUUUAUUAUUGUUGUUUGUUGGCACCAUCAAUGUGUUCUCCUUUAUACAGGACUUAUGUGGGGACCAAUAAAGUUAUAUUGUACUGAA